CGCGCCACGAAAGCAAUUAAAUCGAAAUUAUUUUCUCUUCAAUUUUAAUUGAAGUAAUUGCAUCGACGUUGAUGGGCGUGAUUUUGUCAGUUUAAUUGGUUUUUAGUUCGAUUUAAACAAUGGCAUUAGUAGUGAUAAUUGCAGUAUUGAUAGCGAUUGCACUAUUUCUCUAUUUGAAAGAGAGAAGACCGAAAAACUUUCCACCAGGUCCGAAUGGUUAUCCAAUAGUUGGCUAUCUUCCAUUCCUAGGCCCAGAGGGCUAUGCUGACAUUGGUAAAAUUGGGAAAAAGUAUGGCGACAUAUUCAGUCUGAAAAUGGGAAGUUAUUGGUUCGUUGUUCUCAACGACUUUGACCUUAUUAAAACUUGCUUGAAAGAUGAGGUUUUUACCGGACGACCGAACUAUCUGCUGAGAAUGUCGUUUUAUAAGAAAGGAAUCACAUUCAACACUGGAGCUAAUUGGCAGGCCCAACGCAGAUUUUCAAUGAAAGUCUUACGAGAUUUUGGAUUCGGUAAAAUGUCCAUGAUUGCUUCCAUUCAAGAUGAAAUCAGAGAGUUACAGGGAUUCUUAAGAGAAAACACCGAAAAGCCAAUCGAUCUGUCUGAAGUACUGCCUAUCUCUAUAUUGAAUUCACUGUGGAAUAUUUUAACAAACGAAAAGUUUUCCUUAAACGAUCCAUUGCCAAAGAAAAUCCAUUCAGUGAUCAAAUAUGGAUUGUCAGGACAGGAUGUCCUUGGUGUUUUGUAUUUCCUUCCAUGGCUCGCCGCAUUGAUUCCUGGAAAAACGUCUGGAACUGAUAAAAUGAAAGAAGCUGUUGGCACAUUGCAUUCCGUUUUAAAGUCUACAAUCGAAGAGCAUCGUCAGAGAUUUGUUCCUGGUUCUUCGCCAAUGGAUUACAUCGAUGCGUACCUGCAACAAAUCGAAGAGUGUGAUGAUCCAAAAUCCAGUUUCUACGAUGAAGAAGGAGUUUUGAAUCUUAUCGAUGGUCUCACAAAUUUCUGUGUACCGGGUACGGACUCAAUCAGCAGUUCCAUGAGUUUCGCUCUGUUAUACAUCUCGAGCUGUCGCAAUGUUUUGAAGAAAAUUCAUGCAGAAAUCGAUGCUGUAAUUGGAAGAGACCGUCUGCCUGAUGCAGCUGACAGAGCAAAUAUGCCAUACAUGUCAGCCGUUGUAAACGAAACAUUCCGUCUAUCAUCUAUUAUACCCGGAGACGUUUUACAUUCAACGACAACCGAAACGCAAGUCAGGGGCUACACUCUGCCCAAAGGAACAAUUGUUAUGCCAAAUCUGUACCAAGUCCAUCACGACGAAAAAUACUGGGGUGAUCCAGAGAAUUUCCGGCCAGAGCGAUUCUUGAACGCCGAUGGUACGUUGAAAAAAGAGGAACGAGUGAUUCCGUUUUCGAUCGGUAAACGUGUUUGCGUCGCCGAAAGUUUGGCUCAAGUGCAGUUCUUUUUGUUCCUGACUGGCGUUUUGCAGCAUUUCGAUUUUCUUGAGAGUCCGGAUCAUCCACUGCCUGGCUUCAAACCGAAAUCAACAUUCAGUCUGUCGCCACAUCCAUACAAAUUGGUAUUGCGUGAAAGACCAUAACUUUCGAUUAUGAAAAUUGGUGCAAGGACACAACUAAAUAAAUUUGACUGCAUUUAUAAGGACAGAGGGUAGCCCAGGGUCGUGCGUGCGUUGGGUAACCGAAAUAAAAUCCAAGUUAUAGUAGUGCA